GAUUCAGAGAAAGUGAAACUAACUUGAUCAACAACAAUAUGGACGCCUGAAACGAUCAACCUCUAGAAUAUUUAUUGAGCCGUUCAAAGAGUCUUGUGAACACAUCUGAUACUCACAGGUAUGUCAUCCUCUAGCGGUCCACUGACUGAGGAGCUUCAGUGCUCUAUAUGUCUGGAUGUGUUCACUGAUCCUGUCAGCACUCCAUGUGGACACAACUUCUGCAAGACCUGUCUGAAUAAGUGCUGGGACAACAGCCAGACCUGCAACUGUCCAUAUUGUAAAGAAACUUUCAAGCACAGACCUGAUCUCAAGAUUAAUACCACACUCCGAGAAGUUGUAGAUCACUAUAAAAAGAAAAGUCCUGAAAGAAAACCUGAAGUUCUGAAAAAACCUGAAGUUCUGUGUGACGUCUGUGAGGAAAGAAAGCUGAAAGCCCUGAAGUCGUGUCUGGGGUGUCAGAGCUCUUACUGUGAAACUCACCUGGAGCCUCAUUUGAGAGUGGCAGGUUUAAAGAAACACAAACUGAUCAAUCCUGUGAGGAAUCUGGAGGACUAUAUAUGUCAGAAACAUGAGAGACCUCUGGAGCUGUUCUGUAGAGAUGAUCAGACAAUCGUGUGUCUGAUGUGUGGUGUAACAGGCCACAAGAACCACAACACUGUUUCAUUAGAAGAGGAGAGUGAAGAGAAGAAGACUCAACUGAUGAAGACACAGAAAGACACACAGCAGAUGAUCCAGGACAGAAUCAAGAAGAUUCAAGAUGUCAAACACUCAGCAGAAGUCAGAAAAAGAAACACAGAGAAGGAGAAAGCAGCCCGUGUCGAGCUCUUCACUGAUCUCAUCAACUCGAUUGAGAGAUGUCAGACUGAACUGCUGGAGAUGAUGGAGGAGCAGCAGAAAGCAGCAGAGAAACAGGAGGAAGAGCUCAUUGAAGAGCUGGAGCAGGAGAUCACUGAGCUAAAGAUGAGAAACACUGAGCUGGAGCAGCUCUCACACACUGAAGAUCACCUCCACCUCCUACAGAUUUACUCAUCCCUGUGCAGCUCUAGAAACACCAGGAACUGGUCUGAGAUCAGUGUGAAGACUGAUGAGAGUCUGGAGACUCUGAGGAGAGCUCUGACUCAACUGCAGGACACUCUACAGGAGAAACUCACACUAACUGUGGUUUGUGUUCCGAAGAUGAAUGAAGGUCUUACGGGUGUGGAACGACAUGAGGAUCUGAAGAGGAUGCAGCAGUAUGAAGUGGAUGUGACUCUGGAUCCUGAUACAGCUCAUCCUAAACUCAUCCUGUCUAAUGAUGGAAAACAAGUGAGACAUGGAGACAUUAGACAGAAACUCCCAAACAAACCAGAGAGAUUUGAUAGAAGUGUAGAUGUCCUGGGAAAGGAGGGAUUCUCCUCAGGGAGAUUUUAUUUUGAGGUGCAGGUGAAGGGAAAGACUAAAUGGACUUUAGGAGUGGCCAGAGAAUCCAUUAACAGGAAGGGAGAGAUCACACUGAGUCCCAGAAAUGGAUUCUGGACUGUAUGGCUGAGGAAUGGGAAUGAAUAUGCGGCUCUCUCUGCUUCUCCUGUCUCUCUGUGUCUGAGAGUGAAGCCGCAGCGGGUCGGUGUGUUUGUGGAUUAUGAGGAGGGUCUGGUCUCCUUUUAUGAUGUGGAGUCCAGCUCUCAUAUCUACUCUUACACUGGUCAGUCUUUCACUGAGAAACUCUAUCCAUAUUUUAGCCCAGAAUUUAAUGAUGGAGGUAAAAACUCAACUCCACUGAUCAUCACACCUGUCAAAUACAAUAAAUGAAUUUAUACCCCAAUAUGAAAUACUUGAUGAAAAUAAUGAUUUUUAUAAUUACAAUUCUGAAAACAUUAUCUAUGUGCUGCUGUUCAAAGGAUGAAGGAUGCAUUUUUUCAUUUGUUUUUAAAAUGAAUCUGUAAUUAAUAAUCUGUAAUUUUAACAAAAAAUGUAAUGCUUGUUUCAACAAAUUAUGCUUUUCAACAUUUCAUAACUGCUCAUGCCAUUUCCAAGGCUGUUUCUACCAUCUCAAUAUAAGAUGUUCUGUAAUAUUACGGUACAGCAGAUUAUCAUUAUCACUGUGUAUUUAAGUUCCUCUUUGUUCUCAGUUUAUUUGACGGUCCUCGUCAAUGUAUGAGUGAAGUUUGGUUAACUUAAUCUUUUGCCUGUUUCUGUAUUCUGAGUUUUUUUGGUUUGUAAAUAAAGACUGUUUGAAUGUU